AGCAACAGCUUCUUUCAUCGCGAGGAUGCCGAACACGUAGCAGCAGUAAAGCGCUACACUGUAACAGCUGUGCGCGUGGAGAGAGAGAGACAGAGAGACAGAGACAGAGAGAGAGAGAGAGAGAGAGAGAUGCUUUGCGGAUUAUUGAGCUUGAGCUUGAAACAGCGGGAGGGAAUUCGGAUAUAGCACGGAUAUGGAUGUGUCAGUCAGUUAAAGCUUGAUUUUUUUUUUCGUCGUCAAAUUUUGCUUGUGGUUGUUCUCCUUCUCACGUGAUGGUCUAGUCCGAACUGCGCUUCAUGUUGGAAGCUUCAUGAUGGAUUAUUUGCUGGUUUUGUGCAGCCUUUUGCUGCCUGUGGUGUCUGCUGUUGAAGAGACACUUAUGGACAGCAAGUUGGCCGCAACCGAGCUAGCGUGGACCACCUAUCCAGAAAGCGGGUGGGAGGAGGUCAGCGGCUACGACGACUUCAUGAACCCCAUUCGAACCUACCAAGUGUGUAACGUCCUGGAGCCCAACCAGAACAACUGGCUUCGGACAGACUUCAUCCCUCGCCGAGGUGUGCUGCGUGUCUACGUGGAGCUCAAGUUCUCCGUGCGAGAUUGUGCUAGCAUUCCCAACAUCCCCGGCUCCUGCAAAGAGACUUUCAACCUGUUUUAUUAUGAGUCUGACGGAGACACUGCGACAGAGAACAGCCCUCCAUGGCGGGAGAACCCUUACGUGAAGGUGGACACCAUUGCCCCUGACGAGAGCUUCUCUCUGUUAGAGUCAGGGAUCGUCAACACCAAAUUACGCAGCUUCGGACCUCUCUCCAAAGCCGGUUUUUACCUGGCCUUCCAGGAUUUGGGUGCUUGUAUAUCCUUGGUCUCUGUCCGGGUCUUCUUCAAGAAGUGCUCCACUACCAUCGCUAGCUUCGCAGUCUUUCCUGAAACAGCGACAGGCGCAGAGGCCACUUCGCUGGUCAUCGCCACCGGCGCUUGCGUACCUAACGCCGUUGAGGUGUCCGUCCCCCUCAAGCUCUACUGCAAUGGAGAUGGCGAGUGGAUGGUUCCCGUGGGAUCCUGCACCUGCAUGCCAGGCUUUGAGCCAGCCAAGAAAGACACCCAGUGUCAGGCAUGCACUCCCGGCUCCUUCAAGUCCAAGCAGGGUGAAGGCUUCUGCAUCCCGUGUCCACCUUUCAGCCGUGCCACGUCCGCGGCGUCCGGUGUCUGCCCGUGUCAGAACGGAUAUUACCGCGCCGACGGCGACUCUCCUGACUCGCCCUGCACCACCAUCCCUUCCGCCCCUCUCAGCGUGAUCUCCAGCAUAAACGAGACCUCCGUGUUUCUGGAGUGGGCAGAGCCACGUGACUCGGGCGGCAGAUCCGACCUGGUGUACAACGUGGUGUGUAAGAAGUGCGAGCACGGAGCCUGCGUGCGCUGCGACGACAACGUAGAAGUCGCACCCCGGCGCCUGGGCCUGGCCGAGAGACAAGCCGCCGUCAGGAACCUGCAAGCGCACACGCACUACAGCUUCGAGAUCCAAGCCGUCAACGGCGUCUCAUCCAAGAGCCCCGUCACGCCGCGCUACGCCACCGUCAACAUAACCACCAACCAGGCGGCACCUUCAGCUGUACCCACGGUGCACCUCAUGCGCUCCACAGCGAGCACGCUCAGCCUCUCCUGGCUGCCUCCAGAGCGACCCAACGGCGUCAUCUUAGAUUACGAGAUCAAGUACCAGGAGCAGGGUGAAUCUUUCUCUCACACCGUCACAGCUCAGACCAGCUCAGCAAGGGUAGAGGGGCUGAAAACGGGGACGGUGUACACGGUGCAGGUUCGAGCUCGCACCGUGGCCGGUUACGGCAGCUACAGCCACCCCAUGGACUACAGCACCAGUCUCCACGAUGAUCCGGAGCGCUCCGUACAGGACCAGCUCCCCCUCAUCAUCGGCUCGGCUUUGGCCGGCUUUGUGGUCAUCGUGGCCACUGUGGUCAUCGCUGUUCUCUGCCUCAGGAGGCAGCGCACGGGCUCAGAGCUGGAGUACACGGAGAAACUGCAGCAGUACGUGUCCCCAGGUGUGAAAGUCUACAUCGAUCCGUUCACUUACGAGGAUCCCAACGAGGCGGUGCACGAGUUCGCCCGUGAGAUUGACAUCUCCUGCGUGAAAAUCGAGGAAGUCAUCGGAGCAGGGGAGUUUGGUGAGGUCUGUCGCGGGAGGUUAAAGCAGCCUGGGAGGAAGGAAGCGGCCGUGGCUAUCAAGACUCUGAAAGCGGGCUACACGGAGCGUCAGAGGCGUGACUUCCUGGCCGAGGCGAGCAUCAUGGGCCAAUUCGACCAUCCCAAUGUCAUCCACCUGGAGGGAGUGUUGACCAGGAGCUGCCCGGUGCUGAUAGUCACCGAGUUCAUGGAGAACGGAGCUUUGGACUCCUUCCUCAGGCUGAACGAUGGCGGGUUCACGGUGACGCAGCUGGUCGGCAUGCUGCGAGGCAUCGCGGCCGGAAUGAAGUACCUCUCCGACAUGAACUACGUCCACCGCGACUUGGCAGCACGCAACGUCCUCGUUAACAGCAACCUGGUGUGCAAAGUUUCCGACUUCGGCCUCUCGCGCUUCCUGGACGAGAACUCAUCUGACCCGACCUACACCAGCUCCCUGGGUGGUAAAAUCCCGAUCCGCUGGACGGCCCCCGAGGCCAUCGCCUUCCGCAAGUUCACCACAGCCAGCGACGUGUGGAGCUACGGCAUCGUCAUGUGGGAGGUGAUGUCGUUCGGAGAGCGGCCCUACUGGGACAUGAGCAACCAGGAUGUGAUGAACGCAGUGGAGCAGGACUACAGGCUUCCUCCACCUAUGGACUGCCCGGCUGUUCUACAUCAACUGAUGCUCGAGUGCUGGCUGAAGGAGCGUAACGCGCGGCCACGCUUCGCCCACAUCGUUAGCACGCUGGACAAGCUGCUGCGCAACGCCGCCAGCCUCAAAACACUCACCUCCGCACACUCAGGGGAUCUGUACCGUAUCGGCGGGACCCUGCCUGGCCACCAGAGGAAGAGUUUAGGCGGCGUCCAGGACAUGAGACAAAUGAGCCAAACUCUCCCUAUCCGAGUCUGAGGCGAGUCCGAACGGAAAAACCGGACCUCACCUUUGAGGAACAUUUCAUCAUCGAGAUCUCGGAGAACGUACAGGAUUUCGGGAAAUACAUCACAUCCAUCAAAAACUCUUUGGAGAACCUUUGGGCUUCCCUAAACGGAACAUACUCCCGGGUUGGAGCGAAGCAGCGUGUGUGUGUAAAUGACUCGGAUUGUAUUCUUUGGGUUUUUUUGUUUUUGGAUUCUCUUUUUUUUUUUUUUGCACUGGACGAUUAUUAUUACGCAGCUCAAAUCAGUGUUUUUUUUUACUACUCAGGUUCAGUUUGCAUGCCUGCAUGUUUCUCUAACGGCAAACCUUCCAAUGAAGGAAAUCCGAAAAAAAAAAAAAACACUUAAAUGUAACGUUGGCUGGCGAUAAAUAAGAACCAGUAGAGGGGUAAGCAUCUGGUUCGCAUGCUACCGGAUUGCCUUUAGCUUUCCUGCAUUAUUAACGGUAGCGUUCUGGGUGUUCUCUUAAUGAAAUCCUUCCGUUUGUGCGUUUCCGGAGGCGAUACAGAGCGAAGAAUUAUAAGCUAAAUGAAUAAAAUUUGACAUGAAUUAAAGACGUGAAUUAAUAUGCGAGCCCCAAAUAGAAAUGAAAGGGUUUUGCUGUCGGCCUGAGGACAUUUCCGAUUCCUUUUUUUUUUUUUUUUUUUCCCCUCUCUGAGACUUCUCUUCUGAUCUUCAUAUUGAAGAAAAGAAAAGCGCAGAAGAGAAGAAAAAAAAUGUUUGGGGUUUUUUUUCCGAAAAGGGGGAAAAAAAUCACCUGAGGAGAGUCGAGAACUUCAAGAAGCCUUUGAACCCGAAGCGAAGUCGACUCCUGAAGCGUUUUUGUUUUACCUCUGUUGUAUUUCGUCUUCCACGUUCCAGUAUUAAGACAAAAUCUCCUCACGGACUGUGAUCUUAGAAUUACUGUUAACUGUGACUGAGGAGGAUGUUAUGGAGUGUGUGAGUGUGUGUGUGUGUAAGGGUGUGUGUGUGUGUAUACUGUAUGUGUCCAAAUGAGAUUCAUAUGCAUGCUAGAUUUCAGAGCUCUGUGAUUGAUCCUAUUUCGUGAAGAGAGACAACACGUGGACUCAUGAAAGCCGGUCUUUAACGGCUGUUCCUAUUUACCAGUAAUUCACUCUGUCACAAAAUAUGCAUAAUUCUGUAAAUAAAUACGGCUCAUACGAGACUAAUUAGACCUGAUCGAAUUAAUUUGCCAUGGCCGGUGUGCGUUAAAUUCAGACCUGCUGUUCUGUACUUGGAAACAAAAUGGACUAUUGACGCGUGAAGCCACGUCACGACUUGGACGUCUGGACCAUUUAAACCUAGGAUCACGGCAUCAUCGAUCGAACAAAAAAAACAUACCCAUUAAAAAUGACUAAACAGGAGGAUGCUUCUCAAUUCUGAUUGGUCAGAAGAUCGUCAUGGUUACUGUUUUUAUAAGAAGUGUCCACAACACGUCCAUGCCUUGUAAACUUUUCUUUCUUUUAUUCUUUUUUUUAAAGGUAAGAGAAUGACCGUUUCCCUUUUCCUCGAAGUAACAAGACGCUUAAAGCGUAAUAAACCUCCUCAGGAAUCCUUAGCCUAAAAAGCGCUGAGACCGGAGACUCCUUACAUAAAUUUCUUUCCGUCCGUUUCUCUAGAAAAUGCUCGUUAAUACAAUUUCAGCUGUGAUAGGAAACGAAUUAACACCUUGUGACUAAUUAGAACUGAAAUCAGUGUGAAUAUUAUUUAUAUAUUAGACCUUGCAUAGGUCAUCAAAGCGGUGUGUAAGCGUGGACUGUGGAAGCGGUUUUUUUGUCAGUGUGAUCAGAGGCGCUCUGACUCGUCUGGCUGAUUUCCCCAGUCGUAUGUCCCUAAGCGAGCAGACCCUCGUUCCCUGUGCUUGCACAAAGGCGCGUUUGAUCUCGCCAAUUACGGCGAACGCGGCGAGAACAGCUUGGCAGCAGAGUCGGGUGUGCGUCGGAUUCUUUUAACUGGCAUAGCAAUUUGCCCAGAGGUUGCUGGGCCUGCAGUCGCCGCCGUUCUCGCUGCCUCAUCAGUAGAGAGAGAGAGGAAGAAAGAGGGAGAGGCGAGGAACAAAUGUGAGGGAGGAAGUAGAGAGAGAAAGCCUGGUCCAAAUGUGCUGUAAUAAUCACAAUGCGAGACUCCUCAUUAAAGACUGCAGGGCACUGUCAGAGAGAGAUUGUGUGUGUAUCUGUAUGUGUAUGUGUAUGUGUGUGUUAGUGUGUGUGUGUGUGAGACAACAGAAAGACAGGUACAGCUGAACAUUCGUCGAACGCAUUACAGCCAGGAUUCAUCUGCUAGCUGUGCAAGUCCUCGCUGUCAAUAUGUGCUUCUCAACUGUCUGCUGGAAAACUUGUGAUUCCAAUUAGACACUGCAGUCUUACACACACACACACACACACACACACACACACAUACACAUAUACACACCACUGCAGAUAUGCUGCAACACUGAGUUGCCUUUAGAGAGAGAGAGAAGGGGAAAGUAAGUAUAGGAACUGGGUGAUUCAUUAAAUGAACAUUCACACAGCUCUGUUCCAGCGCAUCCUACGCCUCCAGAUAACAGCCUCGACCCGCACCUCUGUCUAGGAAUGUUGAAAGUAAGCUCGGUCUCGCUGAUCUCCACCUACUCAACGCAGGCAUCGUCCUCACGUCUCUCUCGUCAUGCUUCUGCUCCCCUUCCUAUCGUUCCUAAUGCAUCACACAAGGGCUCAGAAAGUCUCGAAGGACCGACGUGAGCUCGCGCUUUGCAUGUUGCUUAGAGGUGAUUAGAAGAUACCGGCAGCAUUAUCAGAAAAAAAAAAAAAAAAGCUAAAGGUUGAAAAUCUGCUGCCCACUUAAGAGGGGACUGUAGAGAGUGGGCG